UGUGUGUGUUCUUUUAAAAAACAUUGUAUAUACAAAAACACAAUUUCUAAUAAUUGAGGGUUUAAGUUUUCUCCUUUAGGCUGAAGUUUUAUUAUGUUCCAUUUUAUUCUAUUUUGCUUGGAUAGUAAAUACAGCAAUUAAAAAUUAUGAUGCUAAGUGCUUUUUCUAAUAUAUGCAAGCUGCUUCAACAGGUUUUUAAAGAUAGCAACAGUAAUAUUUCUUGGAUGCUAAUAGGAUUACAGAAAAGGACAGAGCCUCAAGGAAUAGGUUCUCCUAGUGUUUAUCAUGCGGUUAUCGUCAUCUUUUUGGAGUUUUUUGCUUGGGGAUUAUUGACAGCACCCACCUUGGUGGUAUUACAUGAAACCUUCCCUAAACAUACAUUUCUGAUGAAUGGCCUAAUUCAAGGAGUAAAGGGUUUGUUGUCAUUCCUCAGUGCCCCACUUAUUGGUGCUCUUUCUGAUGUUUGGGGCCGAAAAUCCUUCUUGCUGCUAACAGUAUUUUUCACGUGUGCCCCAAUUCCUUUAAUGAAGAUCAGCCCAUGGUGGUACUUUGCUGUUAUCUCUGUUUCUGGGGUUUUUGCAGUGACUUUCUCUGUGGUAUUUGCAUAUGUAGCAGAUAUAACCCAAGAACAUGAAAGAAGUAUGGCUUAUGGACUGGUUUCAGCAACAUUUGCUGCAAGUUUGGUAACCAGCCCUGCAAUUGGCGCUUAUCUUGGGCGAGUGUAUGGGGACAGCUUGGUGGUGGUCCUGGCUACAGCGAUAGCUCUGCUAGAUAUUUGUUUUAUCCUUGUUGCUGUGCCAGAGUCAUUACCUGAGAAGAUGCGGCCCGCGUCAUGGGGAGCGCCCAUUUCCUGGGAACAGGCUGACCCCUUUGCAUCCUUAAAGAAAGUGGGCCAGGACUCCAUAGUGCUGCUGAUCUGCAUUACGGUGUUUCUCUCCUACUUACCGGAGGCAGGCCAAUAUUCCAGCUUUUUUUUAUACCUCAGACAGAUUAUGAAAUUUUCACCAGAAAGUGUUGCAGCAUUUAUAGCAGUCCUUGGCAUUCUUUCCAUUAUUGCACAGACCAUAGUCUUGAGUUUACUUAUGAGGUCAAUUGGAAAUAAGAACACCAUUUUAUUGGGUCUGGGAUUUCAAAUAUUACAGCUGGCAUGGUAUGGCUUCGGUUCAGAACCUUGGAUGAUGUGGGCUGCUGGGGCAGUGGCAGCCAUGUCUAGCAUUACCUUUCCAGCUGUCAGUGCACUUGUCUCACGAACUGCUGAUGCUGAUCAACAAGGUGUCGUUCAAGGGAUGAUAACAGGAAUUAGAGGAUUAUGCAAUGGUCUGGGACCAGCCCUUUAUGGAUUCAUUUUCUACAUAUUCCAUGUGGAACUUAAAGAACUGCCAAUGACAGGAACAGACUUGGGAACAAACACAAGCCCACAGCACCACUUUGAACAGAAUUCCAUCAUCCCUGGCCCCCCCUUCCUCUUUGGAGCCUGUUCAGUACUGCUGGCUCUGCUUGUUGCCUUGUUUAUUCCGGAACAUACCAAUUUAAGCUUAAGGUCCAGCAGUUGGAGAAAGCACUGUGGCAGUCACAGCCAUCCUCAUAGUGCACAAGCGCCAGGAGAGGCCAAAGAACCUUUACUCCAGGACACAAAUGUGUGACAACCGAAAUCAGGAAGACUUUUCUAUCAGCACCCAGGUCUUAGUUUUCACCUAUAGUUCUGGACGUACAUUCCAUUUCCAUCUACAAUGUACUUUAAGAUUGUCUUAAGAAAUGUAUCUGCAUGAACUCCGUGGGAACUAAAGAAAAGAACUGGACAGUUUUCCAAAGAUGUUACAAUUUCUUUUGAAAAGAAACCUUUUUGUUUAUUAGCACCAGUUUCUUGCCAUUAAGCUUUUUGUUUUAUUAUACAUCCUUUAAUUAAAAUUUAAAACUAUAUAUGUAACUUCUUAGAUACUAGCAAUGUCUCUGCUACCAUUUCCUUCAGGUGUUGAGCUUUAACUAUUUAUGCUGACUCGCAGUGAGACAGAAUAGGUAGUAUAGUGUGGAACUGUUCAUUUUAACAUUGUAAAAUCGUGAGUCAGAUUUUAAUAUUGUAAAAUCUUGGGUCAAAUAAUUCAAAGCCUUAAUGCAGAUGCACUAAAGUAAAGAAAUGGUAAAUGAACUGUUUGCAUUUAAAAAACAAAACUCUUAAGAAAACUAUAUUAAAUCUGAAUCAUGUUUCAAGCUUGUUUGUAGUAAUUUUAUUUUAAACAUUAUUCACUACUGUUUUUGAAAUGAGAAAAUAUCAGCCAUUUAGAAUUUAAAUUGGGGCGUUUGGAGCCUGUAAAUCUAAAUGCUGGCUCGCAUUUGUUCCCCAGCUACUUAUACUAUACCACUAUUCUUUUAAUGUUUGCAUAAUCAUAAGAACCUCAACACUUGAAUACAUAAUCUAAAAAUUAUAUAGUAAAGCUGGUAGCCUUGAAAAUGUCAAUGUGAUAUCUAUAUGUAGAUAAAUAUAUAUAGUGGCCUUUCAGGACUGUCACAGUAACACUUUAUUUACAGAGCUAAUGUUUGUCCUAAAUUUUCAGGACCCUAGAAGAGAGCUUUAUACAAUUACUGAUGUGAAUUUCUCUAAAGUGUAUAUUUUUGUGUCCAGUUAUAUUAUUUAAAAAAGUGUUACUUUGUAAAAAAUUGUACAUAAAGUAUUGUAUAGUUUACACUGUUUUCAUCUUAUGUGUGGUUACUGCUUAAUGCUUUUUAAACUUGGAACAUUCACUAUGGUUUAAAUAAGGUCUUAAAAGAAAUGUAAAUAUUCUGUUAA